AUGAGCGGCACCAAUGGCACGAUCCGCGCAAAGCGGAAGCAAGCUCCAGGCCAAGUCGACGAACGUCCGCAGAAACAGCAUCGGAUAUUAAAUGGCAAGGAGUCCGCGGGAGAAAACACGCCCGAUGUGAACAUGGGAUUUGAGGAUGUCAUCGAGGUGGAGGAGCCCCGGAUCAUCGCCGCCAUGGCGGACACGGCGGAGUGGCAAGCAGCUAUCGAGAAGGUGGUUCGAAUGGUCGUCUCGAUCAGGUUUUGCCAGACUUGCUCCUUCGAUACGGAUCCGGCCUUGACGAGUGAGGCUACUGGUUUCGUGGUAGAUGCGGAACGAGGUUACAUCAUGACCAACCGUCAUGUCGUCGGAUCCGGUCCCUUCUGGGGUUUCGUGAUUUUCGAUAAUCAUGAAGAGGUCGAUGCCUACCCGGUCUAUCGCGAUCCCGUCCACGACUUCGGCAUUCUUCGAUUCGAUCCUAAAGCCAUUAAAUAUAUGCCGGUCACUGCCCUGACUCUUCGACCAGAUCUUGCUAAAGUUGGAUCGGAAAUUAGAGUCGUGGGUAACGACGCGGGAGAGAAACUUAGUAUCCUCUCGGGUGUCAUCAGUAGGCUGGACAGAAAUGCACCAGAGUAUGGGGAUGGCUAUUGCGAUUUCAAUACCAACUACAUACAAGCUGCGGCGGCCGCGAGCGGGGGAAGUUCCGGCAGUCCAGUUGUCAAUAUUGAUGGAUAUGCCGUGGCACUGCAAGCCGGAGGUAGAAGUGAUGGUGCAGCAACCGAUUAUUUCCUACCUCUAGAUCGACCCUUGCGAGCGCUGAAGUGCAUUCAAGAAGGAAAGCCCGUGACUCGAGGGACAAUACAAUGUCAAUGGAUGAUCAAGCCCUUUGACGAAUGUCGCAGGCUUGGUUUGACACCCGAAUGGGAGUCUGCCAUUAGGCAUAGCUUUCCCAAGGAGACCGGUAUGCUGGUAGCAGAGAUCGUCCUACCGGAAGGACCAUCAGACACGAAAAUUGAAGAGGGCGAUGUCCUCAUCAAAGUUAACGGCGAGUUGCUGACACAAUUCCACCGACUUGAUGACACGCUAGACUCGAAUGUCGGUGGGAAAGUGAAGCUGCUCAUACAACGCGGUGGUGAGGAUAUCGAGGUCGAAGUCCAGGUGGGGGACCUCCAUGCCAUUACCCCUGAUCGCUUCGUCUCUGUAGCAGGGGCCAGCUUCCACAACCUUUCAUAUCAGCAAGCACGGCUAUACGCUGUCGCCUGCAAAGGUGUAUUUGUUUGCGACGCUACUGGAUCAUUCAGAUUCGAAAGCACGGAUAAUGGUUGGAUCAUCCAGACAGUUGAUCACAAACAAACCCCUGAUCUGGAUACGUUCAUCGCCGUUAUGAAGGAUAUCCCAGAUAAAGCUAGGGUUGUGGUCACAUAUAAACAUCUUCGAGAUCUGCAUACGCUCAAUACCAGCAUAUUACAUAUUGACCGCCACUGGUCAAGUAAGAUGAGACUAGCAGUCAGAAAUGACGAAACUGGCCUUUGGGACUUCACCGAUCUUGCCGAUGCAUUACCAGCUCUACCUCCCGUCCGCCGGUCUGCCAGUUUCAUUCAACUUGAGACUCAGCAUCCCGCCGCAGCCAACAUCGUCCGCAGUUUCGUUCGAGUUUUGUGCCAUAUGCCAGUAAAACUAGAUGGGUUUCCACGAAAUCGGAAAUGGGGCAUGGGAGUUGUCAUCGACGCAGAGAAGGGCUUGGUGGUUAUAUCUCGAGCGGUUGUCCCUUACGAGCUCUGCGACAUUUCUAUUACCAUUGCCGAUUCCAUUAUUGUCGACGGGAAAGUCAUCUUCUUACACCCUCUUCAGAAUUAUGCCAUCAUCCAAUACGACCCGUCACUAGUUGAUGCUCCUGUGCAAAGUGCCAAGUUAAGCACUUCGCACAUUGCCCAAGGAGCUUCGACUUACUUCGUUGGCUUCAACCAGAACAUGCGUGUGGUGAUUGCGCAGACAACUGUCACUGAUAUCACAGCCGUCGCAAUACCAGCAAACUCUGGAGCGCCAAGAUACCGUGCUGUCAAUGUAGACGCUAUAACCGUUGACACAAGUCUAAGUGGGCAAUGCGGGAGCGGUGUGCUCUUAGGGGAGGAUGGAACUGUUCAAGCUUUGUGGUUGACAUACCUUGGCGAGAGAUCACCUGCCACAUCGAAGGACACAGAUUACCAUCUUGGUCUUGCGACACCGACACUAUUACCUGUGAUUGAAAAGAUCCAACGAGGCGAGCAGCCUAAGCUGCGCAUGCUCAGUGUUGAGUUCAACGCAAUCCAAAUGAGCCAAGCCCGUAUUAUGGGGGUUUCUGAAGAGUGGAUUAAGAAGGUAGCUGAGGACAACUCCUCCCGUCAUCAGCUCUUCAUGGUCCGGAAACGAACCUUUGAGCGAGGUGGCGAACCUGGUGCACUCAUGGAAGGAGACUUGAUCUUGACUUUGAAUGGGAAAAUCAUCACCCGUGUGAACGAGCUCGACGUCAUGUAUGACCACGAGGUGCUCGACGCCGUCAUCGUUCGUGAUUGCGUCGAGAUGAGUCUCAAACUGCCCACGGUGCCUGCAGAUGACCUCGAAACCGAUCGUGCGAUCAGUUUCUGCGGUGCGAUCAUACAGCGGCCUCAUCACGCCGUCAGACAGCAGAUCAGCAAGCUUUAUAGCGAGGUGUAUGUUUCUGCGCGGACGAGGGGUAGCCCGGCAUAUCAAUAUGGUCUGGCUCCGACCAAUUUCAUUACCCAUGUCAAUGGCAAGAAGACUCCUGAUUUGGAGAGCUUUUUGAAGGCUGUGGUGGGAAUCCCAGAUAAUACUUAUUUCCGCCUGAAAGCUAUGACCUUUGACAACGUCCCAUGGGUUAUCACCAUGAAAAAGAACGAGCACUAUUUCCCGACCAUGGAAUGGAUCAAAGAUCCAUCCGAGGUUUCGGGCUGGAGGAGAGUUACUUAUGAGCAGGGAAAGCCAUUAUCGGGCGAGGGCCGUGACGGAAUUAAUGCUGCUGAGAGUGACACCUUCGAGAUGGACGAGGCUCCAGGUGGGCAGGAACCAGAACCAGUACUUUAA